GAUAACCAUGGUUAACUGCAUUUGGAGGGCACAGCAGCAUGCCUGGGGAUUGAACUAUAAUUCCCAGAGUGCAACUGGGGAUUCUGGGAAAGUGUGGCAGAGGCAUUGACAACCAUGGUUAAUUUCAGAGAGCUUAGCAGCUGGCAUGAAGACUGAACUACAUUUCCCAGAAUGCAUGGCUAGGAGGAUUCUGGGAAGUGUGGCAGAGGUUGCAGUGGUUCCUCUGGGGAAGGGAAGCCCAACUUCCCAGGAACGUUUGGAAUUUCCUGGUUUCCGCUGAUUCUUGAGGCCUGGGAAGGCGCCCCCAACAGAAUUCAGAGUGAGUGCAGCGGAACAAAAACCUCUUCAGUUUCUAAGAUCUGACAAUGUCCCUGUACUGUGGAAUUGCUUGCAGGAGAAAAUCUUUAUGGUGCUAUAGACUGCUGUCAACCUAUGUCACUAAGACCCGGUAUUUAUUAGAACUGAAGGAAGAUGAUGAUGCAUGCAAAACAGCCCAGCAGACGGGAGCAUUUUACCUCUUUCAUAGCCUGGCUCCUUUGCUUCAGAAAUCAGAACAUCAGUACCUGGCCCCCCAGCAUAGCCUAUCAGAGUUGGAAAAGCUCCUGGCUAAGUUUGGACAGGACACACAAAGAAUAGAAGAUUCGGUGCUGCUUGGCUGCUCCGAAAAGCAUGAAGCAUGGUUUGCUCUGGAUCUGGUUCUCAACAGCUCCUCUCCCAUAAACGCUUCCUUACAGAAACCUCAAAUGGAGACAGAGCUCAAGGGGUCUUUCAUUGAGCUAAGGAAGGCUCUCUUUCAGCUGAAUGAGAAGGAUGCCUCCUUACUAUCCACGGCUCAGGCUCUUCUCCGUUGGCAUGAUGCCCAUCAGUUCUGCAGCAGAAGUGGGCAGCCCAGCAAGAAGAAUAUGGCUGGCAGCAAGCGUGUGUGCCCUUCCAAUAAGAUCAUCUAUUAUCCACAGAUGGCUCCCGUGGUGAUCACUCUGGUGUCAGAUGGGACUCAAUGCCUGCUUGCUCGCCAGAGUUCCUUUCCCAAGGGAAUGUAUUCUGCCUUGGCAGGUUUUUGUGAUAUAGGUGAAAGUCUGGAAGAGGCUGUCCGGCGAGAAGUUGCAGAAGAGGUGGGAUUGGAGGUGGAAAGACUGCAGUACUCUGCAUCCCAGCACUGGCCCUUUCCUAAUAGCUCACUCAUGAUUGCCUGUCAUGCAACUGUGAAACCAGGGCAAACAGAGAUCCAGGUGAACUUGAGAGAACUAGAGGCAGCUGCCUGGUUCAGUCACGAUGAGGUGGCUACAGCCCUGAGGAGAAACAACCCAUAUACUCAGCAACAGAAUGGGACUUUUCCAUUCUGGUUGCCCCCCAAGUUAGCCAUUGCUCACCAACUGAUUAAGGAGUGGGUAGAAAAACCAACCUGUUCUGCCCUGCCUGCUUAAUUCAGAUCAGGCCACCUAGACUCCUCUCUCAGUAUCCCAGAUGGACAUAUCAGAGAUAAGGAGCUAAAAGGGAGGUGACAAAAGGCCAUCUUCAGGCCAACCUCAUAAUAAGGCAGAGAAGAAGGUGAGCCGCCUACAGCGAGACACCUCUACCAGCAGUGUUAAUGAAAUAAGUUCCUACUCAUAGGCAAUCAAAAAUGCCAAAACUGAUGAGAUGACAAUUGUCAAAAUCAGAGGGAAGGCUGAAGCAUUAGUUUAGAUGUAGGUCUUUGUUCAUCCAUUUCUCCUAGGCCUUGGAAGCAGACAUCUUUUGGCAUGUGGCUUGUUAAUACUAGGUUUAUACUAACUGCCAAAAUGUGCCUGGCAUAAUUUUGGUUAAAACUUUUAUCUUAGUAUUGAAAAUAUAGAGCAAAUCUCAGCCCACUACUGAGUUACUUUUUAUCCUCAUAGAGUUAAGAAAAAUAGCACAAGAUAACAUUUUUUAAUUCAUAUACAGAUAAUUAUUUUGUACAUGGUAGUUAAAUUAAAGUCAUAUUUCUUUAAGUCAGCUGAAGGGAUGAGGAAAAUGGGAGCUAAGGCCUUCAUCAGAGUACUCUAUAAUAUAUCAGAGGCAAUGAUGUUCUGUUGAGGUAACUGCAUCCCAGUGGGGCUCAAGAUGGGAAGGUUUUUUUUGCAGUUACUUGCUCAGUUUGUGACCCAAGGAAAAGAUGAUCAUUUUGCCAUGCCUGUUUUCCUAAGUAAAAUGGUUGCUGCAUUUGCACAUCCAGUAAGUGUUGUAACUUCAACUAAGGGAUUAGUGAGGAUGAACCAUUUUUUGAGUUUUAUGGGAUAAACUAAAUUUAGGAUUUGUCAUCAUUUAUAUAUGCCAUCCUAUACCUUGUCAUGGGGAGAAAAAUUAUCUGAAGGAAAUAAAAUAAAUUUCCACACUUUCA